AUGAGCCAGAAUAAUAUAAAGGUAGUUGCGCGGUUUAGACCUGUAAAUAAGGUCGAGCAACAACAAUAUCCACCAGAUGGAAAACCCAUCAUCGACAUCAACGAUACCAACACUCAAGUAAAUCUCUACAACGAAUCAAACAACUAUUCUUUCGAUAGAGUGUUCGAUAGACAGUCCAAGCAGGAAGACGUUUUCGAAUACGGCGUUAGGGGUAUCGUUGACGAUGUCAUUUCUGGCUACAAUGGUACUGUCUUCGCCUACGGUCAGACCGGCUCUGGUAAAACGUACACUAUGAUGGGCUCUGAUAUCGACGACAACAACUCAAAGGGUAUCAUACCUCGCAUCACCGAACAGAUCUUUGAAUCCAUUCUUACCUCUCCUCCAAACAUGGAGUACCUUGUCAAGGUCAGUUACAUGGAAAUCUACAUGGAAAGAAUCAGAGACCUCUUGUCCCCAAAUAAUGAUAAUCUUCAAGUUCACGAGGAUAAAGUAAGAGGCGUUUACGUCAAGAACCUUUCAGACUACUACGUUGGUGAUGCAAAUGAAGUCUACGAGAUUAUGAGACAAGGCAGUCAAGCAAGAGCUGUCUCUUCAACAAACAUGAACGCUGAAUCUUCUCGCUCUCACUCAAUCUUUCUUAUCUCUAUCGUACAGAAAAACAUCGAGACUGGCUCCCAAAAAACUGGUAACCUCUAUCUCGUCGAUUUGGCUGGUUCAGAAAAAAUUGGUAAAACUGGUGCAACCGGACAAACCUUAGAAGAAGCAAAGAAGAUCAACAAAAGUUUAUCAGCACUUGGUAUGGUUAUCAAUGCCUUGACUGAUGGAAAAUCAACCCAUAUACCCUAUCGUGACUCCAAACUGACAAGAAUCUUGCAAGAAUCUCUCGGAGGUAACUCCAGAACUACCUUGAUAGUUAACUGUUCGCCUUCCGAAUAUAACGCUGACGAGACUAUGUCGACCUUGAGAUUUGGUAUCAGAGCAAAGUCGAUCAAGAAUUCUGCUCGUGUCAACACUGAAUUAUCUCCUGCUGAACUUAAGAACCUUCUCAAGAAAUCGCAAAGAGAUCGCACUCUUUAUGAAAACUUUGUCACUGCACUUGAAGCUGAGUUGAAACAAUGGAGGGCAGGAAAGACAGUCCCAAAGGAAGAUUGGACAACUAAAGACUCAACACCAAAGGAGAAUAUACCUUUAAAUACCACAAUACCAUCUACACCUACCAAACCAAUCAAUCAAAACCUAGAAGUUGCUCGUGAUGAAGCACGCCCAGCUACCCCGGUGCCGCUCAACUUGGAUAAAGAUGAGAGGGAAGACUUCUUGAAACACGAGAACGAAUUGAGUGACCAGUUGGCAGACAAGGAAAAAGCGAUGACUUCACUCGAAAAGGUUCUCAAAGAGCUGCGCGACGAGCUUGAUUUCUAUAAAACCUCUCAUCAAACACUCAACGAGGAGAACUCUGACUUCCAAACGCAAUUAUCAGAUCUCCGCCUACAAUUUGAAAGAUUAGAGUUUGAUAACAAGGACAACAUCAUCAAUAUGGAUGUUCUACGCGACAGAAAUACAGAAUUGACAGCUUCAGUGAAUGACUUGAACAGAUCUCUUGAAGAAGCCAAGAAUGCUCAGAAAGACUCCCUUGCGGAAGACUUUGAAAAGAAGAAGGCUGAAAAGAUGGCACAGAUGAUGGCUAAGUUUGAUGCUACUGGUUUUUCAGAGAAGGACGAUGUUUUACGAGACUUAGUGUCAAAGAUUGACAGCAUUGACAACGACGAAAGACUCAGCGGUGGCACAUUGACAUCUGACGAUCUUUCUGCUAUCCGCCGCCAACUCCUUGAAUCCCAAUCUCUUGCUCGCGAAUCCCAGGACAAGCUUCGCAACAGUGAACAUGAUAACCAAACCUUGGUUAUCAAGAGGGAGGAGGUUGAGUCUCGUUUGCAUGGUCUUGAAAGCGAGUUCGAAGAGCUUCUAGAGAAAUCGAUCAAAGAAGAAGAAGCCAAUAAUCUAGACUUGCAGGAGUCUAUCAAUGGAAUCAAGGACAAGCUUGAAGCACAAUACAAUUCAAAGCGUGAAAAGAACGAAGUGGAAGUUAAUGAUCUGCGUCAGCAGAUAGAGAAUAAAAAUCAAGAUAUUACCUCGCUCAAAGACGACGUACAGAAUCUGAUGGGCCUCAAUGACGAACUUAAGCGAGCCUUCGCUGUCACAUCAGCUGGUAUAGAAGGCGGUAAGAACCUAGUAGAUUCAGCAAGAGAUCUGGAAAAAACUCGCAAGAGCCUCGCAUCCCAGUUAAAUGACUUUGAAGGUAUGAAGAAGUCACUGAUGAAAGAUUUACAAGAUCGCUGCGAGAAAGUCGUUGAACUUGAGAUUGAACUUGAUCAGUAUAAAGAGCAGUAUGCUCAAGUGUUGCGUAGCACCAACAACAAGGCAGCUCAGAAGAAAAUGGCCUUCUUGGAGCGCAAUCUGGAGCAAUUGACCCUCGUUCAGAAGGGACUUGUUGAUCAGAACCAAUCACUGAAAAAGGAAGUCGCGAUUGCUGAGCGCAAGCUGCUUGCUAGAUCCGAAAGGAUUAACAACUUGGAGCACUUACUACAGGAAGCAGACAAGAGGCUCGUCAUCUCUAAUGCUAAGUUUGAGGGGCAACUACAAGCCGUACGAGAGCGCCUUGAGCAUGCUAGAUCUCAAAAAGAAUCCACAAAUGCGUCCAUAAACUUCGGUAGAAUCGCUAAGCCUCUCAGAGGUGGUGGUGGUAGCGGAUCAGCAUCUGCUUCUCCGACGAACAAGAAAACGAUAGACUUAUCUGGUGCGUCAGACCAUGACAGCGGAUCGUCGACUAAACGUGCUUCUUGGUUCUUUUCAUCUGGAAAAUGA